AUGGACGUGGAAACGGACAGAUCGGCCGCGGUGUUCCUGUUCGGGGAUCAGACGAUCGCGUUCGAGCACACCCUGCAUGGCCUGUUGCAUGUCAAGGACGAUGCUCUUCUGACGGACUUAUUCGACCGCGUUGGCUUUCAAUUGAGACGAUAUGUGGGCUGUUUGCCGGCCCAUCAGCAGGAAUGGUUCCCGUAUUUUACGACCCUGAUUGACCUGUUCGCGCAGCAUGAUAAGUGCGAUGCGGCAGCGGCGUUGAAGUUUCCGCUGUUGUGUCUGACGGAGAUUGGACAGUUUAUCAGAUACCUUGGUCAGGGCUCUAGGCCAUAUCCAGCCGCGAAGACCACCUACUUGGUGGGUGCUUGCACGGGGUCCUUUGCUGCCGCUGCCAUUGCGUCUGCGCAGACCCUGACUGAGCUGCUCCCGGCUGCGGUGGAGGCUGUCAUUGUUGCUGUGCGGACGGCAGUUCGGUCUCUCGCUCUGCAGAAUGAUCUCGAGCCGGUGGUCGAGGGGAGGAGGGAGUGGUCUGUCGCUAUCGGCACUGACGAGAGUGAAGCCAGACGUGCAAUUGAGAGCUUCAACGCUGAAGAGGAUGUUGCUUCCGUGGUGCGCCUGUACAUCAGCUCCGUCAGCCGAAACAGCGUCUCUGUCAGCGGCCCUCCGCGUGUCCUGCAGAAAUUCGUCUCGUCCUGUCCAUGGAAGCACUCGUUCCUCCCCAUCGAGCUUCCAUAUCACGCCGCGCAUCUCUUCCGCGAAUCCGACGUCGACGACAUCAUCAAACCCUUCCACGACCCCUCGUUGCUCGACUACACCCAACGGAUCCCCAUCGUCUCCGCCGCAUCGGGAGAACUGAUCCGCUCCUCAACCCUGCAGGCCCUCCUUUCCCUCGCCGUCCAGGAAGCCCUAUGCUCGCCCCUGCACUGGGACAGGAUGACCUCCUCCCUAAGCCAGGAACUGCAAACCCAGCAGUUCCCCUCUUGCACAAUCCACCAGAUCUCCUCCCGAAGCGGCCCUCUCCUCUCAACAGCCCUAUCCCAAUCCCCUCCCCUCCAAAUCACCACCACCCUGCACUCCCCCAGCACUCCCACCGGCAAAUUCUCACAAGCCUCCAUCGCCAUCAUCGGCUUCUCCGGCCGCUUCCCAGAGUCCAGCUCCAACGAAGAAUUCUGGGACAUGCUCCUGGCCGGCCGCGACGUGCACCGCACCAUCCCCGAGGACCGCUUCGACUGGAAAGCCCACUACGAUCCCACCGGGAAAACAAAAAACACCAGCCGCGUCAAGUACGGCUGCUUCAUCAAGGAGCCCGGGGUCUUCGAUGCGCGGUUUUUCAACAUGUCGCCGCGCGAAGCCGAGAAUGCUAACCCGGCGCAGCGACUGGCAAUCACCACCGCGUACGAAGCCAUGGAGAUGGCUGGGUUGGUCCCGAAUGCGACCCCGUCGACUCAGGGCGAUCGCAUCGGGGUGUUCUAUGGCGCUACGAGUGACGAUUGGCGUGAGGUGAAUAGUGGGCAGGAUGUCGAUACGUAUUUCAUUCCGGGGGGGAAUCGCGCGUUCAUUCCGGGGCGGAUCAGCUACUUCUUUCGCUUCUGUGGUCCUAGUCUCAGCAUCGACACAGCCUGCUCGUCCAGCUGCGCGGCCAUCCAGACGGCCUGCGCGUAUCUCUGGCGCGGCGAAUGCGAUACAGCCCUCGCUGGGGGGGUGAAUGUGUUGACGAACCCGGAUAACUUCGCGGGGCUGGAUCGGGGCCAUUUUCUCACUGCCAAAGGAAACUGCAACGCCUUCGACGACGAAGCAGACGGCUACUGCCGCUCCGACGCCAUCGGCACCGUCAUCCUCAAACGCAUCGAAGACGCCCUCGAAGACAACGACCCCAUCUUCGGCGUCAUCCGCGGCGCCUACACGAACCACUGCGGACGGACCGACUCAAUCACCCGCCCCUUCGAAGGCGACCAGGCGGCCGUCUUCAACCGCAUCAUGCGGUACGCGGGCGUCGACCCGCUGGAUGUCGGGUACGUCGAGAUGCACGGCACGGGCACGCAAGCCGGCGACGCGACGGAGAUGAAGUCGGUGCUGUCGGUGUUUGCGCCGCAUGCUCGCCGCCAGAACGCGCUGUAUCUCGGCACGGCAAAGGCCAAUAUGGGCCAUGCCGAGUCGGCGUCCGGCGUGUCGUCGCUCAUCAAGGUGCUGCUGAUGAUGCGGCAUAAUGCCAUUCCGCCGCAUUGUGGCAUCAAGACGAGGAUCAACCAUACGUAUCCGACGGAUCUGGCGGCGCGGAAUGUGCAUAUUGCGUCUAGGCCGACGGGGUGGAGGAGGGAGGAUGGGACAGGGGGGAAGAGAGUGGUGUUUUUGAACAAUUUCAGUGCCGCGGGGGGGAAUACCGCCAUGCUGGUGGAGGAUGCGCCGGUCAGGGAGAAAGGGGAGGGGAGGGAUCCGAGGGAGAGGCAUUUGGUGUCGGUGACGGCGAAGACAAGCAGGGCUUUGAAGGGAAAUGUCCAGGCGAUGGUGUCGUAUCUGGAACAGAACCCGGAUGUUUCGCUGGCGUCGUUGGGAUAUACAACUACCGCGCGACGAGCCCAUCAUACCUAUCGUGUCGUCGUGUCGGGGUCCGAUAUUGCCUCGAUCCGUCAUCGUCUGCAGGAGCUUCUCCCCGGCCUUGACAGCCAUAAACCCGUUCCGCCCCCGGGAAAGCUCCCGAAUCUCGUCAUGGUCUUCACCGGACAAGGAACGGUGUACGCUGGUCUGGGCAAGCGGCUCUUUGACACGAUCCCCUCGUUCAGGGAGUGCGUCAGUCGGUAUAACGAUAUUGCCGAACAGUUGGGCUUCCCCAGCUUCUUGUCACUGAUCCACAACACUGAAGAUGUGGAUGCCUCGCCAAUGGUGACGCAUCUGGCCCUGGUCUGCAUCCAGAUGGCGCUAUACAAUUACUGGAAGUCGUUGGGGGUGGUUCCAGCUGCCACUAUCGGCCACAGCCUCGGCGAGUAUCCCGCGUUAUAUGCUGCUGGCGUGCUGGCAGCCGUGAACGUGAUAUAUCUGGUGGGGACGCGAGCAAAACUGCUAUCUGAAAGGACCACCCCGGGCACCCAUGGCAUGUUGGCUGUGAAGAGUGCUGCUGAUGCCAUUCGAUCAGAGCUGGACCCUGCCUGCGGUGUGGCCUGUCUGAAUCAGCCGUUGAGCAACGUGGUCAGUGGGCCUGUCGAGCAACUCGCACAGCUAAAAGCCCGGUUGACAUUGAACGGCGUGGAGUGCGUCCAGCUUGAUAUCCCGUACGCAUUUCACUCCGCGCAGGUCGAUCCGAUCUUGGACGACUUCAAGAGGAUUGCGGAUAAAGUCCAGUUCCGCGCUCCAUCCAUCGCAUAUCUUUCUCCUCUGCUCGGAAAGGUCGUUCCGGCUGGAGACACAGGAGCCCUGAACGCAGCAUACUUGACAGACGCAUGUCGUCAACCUGUGAACUUCCAAGGUGCCGUCCAAGCCGCGCAGACCGAGGCCGUCGUCAAUGAGAAAACCCUCUGGGUAGAAAUUGGGUCCCACCCCGCUUGCUCCGGCAUGGUAAAAGGGGUCUUAGGACCGGGCAGUACCACCGUCCCCUCCCUCCGAAAAGGCUCCGACACCUGGUCCGUCCUCUCGGGAAGCCUGGAAGUGCUUUACUCCCAGGGAAUCGACAUCCACUGGACCGAGUAUCAUCGCGGCGUGGCCGGCCAGCGCGAGGUGCUCCUCCUUCCGCGAUACGCUUGGGAUCUGAAGAACUACUGGAUUCCGUACAAGAACAACUUCUGUCUGACCAAAGGCGAGGGCCUUGCUCCCGCAGUCCCACAGACAGAAACCGUGCGCGUUCCACGAUACCUCUCGCCAUCUGUGCAGCGCAUCCUCGAGCAGGAUGACGGGCCGGAGGUAUCAACUUUCCUCGGCGAGUCUGACGUCCAUGAUAGACGGCUGGCGCCGAUUCUUGAGGGGCAUGUUGUGAACGGCGCGAUGCUGUGUCCGUCGUCUCUGUAUGCUGACAUCGCUCUCACGAUUGCGAAGCACAUGCUGCAGGCUAUCGGGAAGGACGCCGAGACUGUCGGACUCGAUGUGGCCGAUAUGCAAGUGCAGAACCCCCUGGUGUCUCGCCCCGAGGCAGACUCUCAGCUGUUCCGCAUCUCCGCCGCCGCCAACUGGCGAGACAAUAUCAUCUCCUUCCGGCUCUUCAGCGUCACCUCCUCCGGUCAGAAGAUGGCCGACCACGCUGCAUUUGUAGUUCGGACCACUCAGAGAAUCCAGGCCUGGCUGAGCGAAUGGAAGCGCUCCGCACAUUUGAUCCAAAGCCGAAUCCACGCGUUGCACGACAGCGCGGAGGACGGAGACGCCCACAAACUCAAGCGACGGCUCGCGUAUCAGCUCUUCGCGUCACUCGUGCAGUACGGAUCUGAUUAUCAGGGCAUGCAGGAGGUCGUCUUGGACGGCGACCACCAUGAAGCCACAGCCCGGGUCUCGUUCCAGGUCGGUGAGAACGGGUUUGUGUUUAAUCCGUGCUGGGUCGACAGUCUCGGGCAUAUUGCGGGUUUUAUCAUGAAUGCUAGUGAUGCUUCGCCAUCGAAGGGCCAGGUCUUUAUCAACCAUGGCUGGGAGCGGAUGCGCUGUGCAGUCAGGUUCGCAAAGGGGAAGCAGUAUCGGGUGUAUAAUCGGAUGCAGCUGGAGACGGGCACGACGUAUGUGGGCGAUACGUAUAUCCUGGAGGGCGACACGGUGGUUGCUGUCUAUCAGGGCAUCCGGUUCCAAGGAGUUCCUCGACGCCUUCUCGACCGGCUACUGCCGACCAAGGGUCCAUCCCCCGUUGCCAGCAAAGACAGCAUCACCAUCCAAACACCAAAACCCGUCAGUCGCCAGCCCGUCCAGCCGCCGACUAGCCCUAACUCCCCAGCACCAGCCCCGUCCCCAUCAACCGGCGGCAUCGCAGCCCGCGUAAUGGCCAUCAUCGCCAAAGAAGCGGGCAUUGACCCGGCCGACCUGGGCCCGAACGAAGAAUUCGCCAACUACGGGAUCGACUCGCUGCUAUCCCUGACGAUCUGUGGCCGCAUCCAAGAGGAAGUCGGCGCCGACGUGCCCUCCUCGCUGUUCGCCGACUAUCCCACCCCGAAAGACCUGCUAUCGUUCUUUGGGGGCGCCGAAGCCGAGUCCAGCCAGCCGACCUCAUCAUCCUCGCACCGCACCGACAGUGCAUCCCGCUCCAGCUACGACACUAUCGUCACCGAGCCCGAGCAGGAUCACGAGUCCUCCAUCAUGGAUAUCCUCCGCGCCACUAUCGCCACGGAAACGGGCAUCCCCGCGGACGAAAUCACGCCCACCACCCCCUUCACCGAGCUAGGCGUGGACUCGCUCCUCGCACUGACUAUCGUCGGCACCCUCGCCGAGACAAUGGAGGUUACCCUGCCGUCCACCGUUCUCACGGAUAACCGCAACCUCGAAGAAGUCCGCAAAACGCUCAACCUGGACCCAGGCCCGGUCCUCAUCUCCCCAUCGGCAUCAUCAAGAUCCAGCCCUAACCCAUCCCCAUCCCCAGACCCAGACCCAAACACCACCACCACCACCACCACCACCAAAUUCACCCCCACCUCCCCACCCCACUCCACCUCCAUCCUCCUCUGGGGCAACCCGCGCACAGCCAGCAAAACCCUCUUCCUCUUCCCGGACGGCUCCGGCUCCGCGGCCUCCUACGCCUCUCUCCCCAAGCCCCCAUCCUCCUCCUCUUCCUCCUCACCCACAAACAGCAACUACACCAACACAGCCGCCUACGCCCUCAACUGCCCAUGGCUCAAAACCCAUCACCACCUCAAGACCAUCACGCUCUCCCAACUGACAGCCAAAUACCUCCUCGAGAUCCGCCGCCGCCAACCAACCGGACCCUACUACCUGGGCGACUGGUCCGCCGGCGGCAUCUGCGCCUACGAGGCCAUCCGCCAACUAACAGCGACAGGGGAGACCAUCGCGCGGCUGAUCCUGAUCGAUUCUCCGAAUCCGAUCGGCCUGGAGAAUCCGCCGGGACGGAUGUAUGACUUUUUGCAGGGGCUGGGGUUGUUUGGUAAGAAAGAUGUACAUGAACAUGGACCUGUGCAUGGAAAUCAAAACGAAAACAUCCCAUCCUGGCUCCGACCCCACUUCGACGCCUUUCUUAUCCUCCUCGAUCGAUACACCAUCGCCGCCUUACCCCCCGCGCACCAGACCGUGCAAACCCACCUCCUCUACGCGAAAGACGGCAUCUGUAACGAUGAAACCGUCCCGAGGCCCGAGAUCAGCCGAGAUGAUCCCCGCGAGAUGACAUGGUUGAUUGAGAAUCGCUCCCCCGGGGAUCUGCAGGCCGAUGGAUGGGCGGAGCUUCUCGGCAGGGCCAAUUUGAGGAUAGAGGUGUUGGAGGGCGUGAAUCAUUUUACGAUGAUGAGGGCGGGGGAGCAUAUGCGGUUGUUGGCGGGGUUUUUGGGGCGGGCGUUGGGGGAUUUUUGA